AUGGUCACGUGGAUGGUAUUCACGCGUUGUUUGGUCCUCAAUUUAUCGGAUGUGGACGCGUUUGGUCUUACCCUUCCACUUACCACCCUCAUGGUCUCUGCAGAUAUAUCCAUGGAAUCUCAAACACCAGCUCCAGAAGCAAAUCAGGCGUCAACGACAGGCGCAAUGAGAUGGACUGUCCAUGUGGAAGUCAGGCUCAAGCCAAGAGCAUCCUCACGCUUUGACACCAUCCGAAACCUGGUUCACUCUUAUGUGACUUCUUUUGAACGACUUGUCCUUCCGUCUACCCUCAGCGGCUGGGAGGAUAUUCCUGAACUUCUCUCUUCCGUUGAGCGAAUAUCUGUCUGCGAAGCGCAGUGUCCGACCGCAUCACUGAAGAUGGAGGAGAUGGUGAUUCAGGCCCACGUAUAUCAACCAUCGGAUGGCGAUGCCUUCGAAGAGUUCAGCAACAGCUCGGGGAGUCGAGGGGAAGACGACGACACCAUGGCUGCUAGUAUUUGCGAGCUCCCAAAUCGAAGCUAUGAGGGUCUCUGGGAUUCGCUAAUAUACGCGGGCGAUAUCAAAAUGAAGCUUCUUGACUACAUCCAUGCAACUCUCGUCCUCAGCGAUGCCAAUGUUGACUUCAAUCUUGUAUCGUGGAAUCGUGUUGUUCUCCUACACGGCCCUCCUGGAACGGGAAAAACAUCUUUGUGUCGAGCGCUUGGGCAAAAACUUGCCAUUCGCUUAUCACACCGCUACUCACAUGCUCGCCUCUUGGAAAUCAACUCCCAUUCUCUCUUCUCGAAGUGGUUCUCUGAAUCAGGAAAGCUAGUCCAAAGAUUAUUCAAUAACAUCACCGAACUAGUGGAAGAGGAGGAUGGAUUCGUCGUUGUUUUAAUUGAUGAGGUUGAAUCGUUGACAGCUGCUCGAGCUGGUGCUAUGGCAGGAACAGAACCAUCUGACGGUCUGCGAGUCGUGAAUGCUCUCUUAACACAGCUGGACAAACUGAAGACGCGGAAGAAUGUACUGAUCAUGGCCACGAGCAAUCUCGUGAAGGCGAUUGAUACCGCAUUUGUUGACCGCGCUGACAUUAUCCAAUACGUCGACCUCCCGUCGCGAGAAGCUAUAUACGAAAUUUUGCGAACCUGCCUAUGUGAGAUGAUCCUCAAGGGAAUUGUGGCUUCUGUGACCAUCCCAACCUUGAAACAAGUUCAAAUGUAUGAACUUGUGAGCAAAGUGAAUGGUCGUUCGGAUGUUGCAGAUGGACAAGAGCGAUCAAGAAGUAUAGGGCUGCGUCUACUCGCACUGGCAUUCCAAUGUCGGAAACAGGGGAUGUCAGGACGAGCUCUCCGACGACUCCCCGUACUUGCCCUCGCGCGGUACAUUGGUCUCGGAAAUGUGGGCCUUGCUCCUGGGCCUUCCAGCUCAUCAACGCAGCCUACAGCGGGAAGAAGCAGUCCAAGUGUUUCUGUUGAGAUCUGGCUCGACGGAAUGGAGAAAGCGGUGGACGAACAAGCAAAGGAGGCUGAACACUUGACUUGA